AUGAGCAGCUAUUACUCUGAUGACGACGAGCUGGACAUUCAUGUCUCUCGUCGUCGUGCUCCUUCGCCGUCACCCGUCCAUUACGUCGAGGCAAGGCCAAGACCUCGAAGCUACUACCCGAGCGCUGCGCAACCUAGUCAUCUCGUUCCAGAGCGCACCAUCAUAUCUGCGCGCACUCGAUCUCGCUCACGGGACCGGCGCUCCUCACCCACCAGCAGCGCAGCACCGGCACCGGUUAUCAUAAACAACCGUAUCUACAAUGAGCAUUCGUCGGACGAAGACGAUGACCACCGCCCUCAGACAUACCACCGUCACCGCUCCCACUCUCGAGCUCCCUCUCACUCCCACUCUCGGUCACCAUCAUCCUCCUACAUGACUCGCGAGGAGUACGAGGCCGAACGCGCUCGUCAGGAACUGCAAGAGCUUAGGCUCAGCCAGGACCGAGAAAAGGAAGAACGGCGUAUCCAGCAAAAGUACCGAGAAGAGGCUGAGUUGCAGCGUGCCAAGCGUGACCUAGAUGACAUUCGUGGCAGGGAGGCUCGUGCUUCGGAGGAGAAGCGCUUCAAGACUCAAAUUGAACUGCAAAAGUACGAAGAGGAGAUGCGACUAGCCGAAGAAGCCAAGAAGCGGGACAAGGAAGCCUCCGACGCAGUGGAGCGGUACAAGAAGAAGGAGCAGGACCGCAUGGCAAAGGAAAGGAAAGAGAAGGAAGAACGAGAAAAGGAAUUUCAGAGACGACUCCAGGAAGAGCGCCAGAAGGAGCUCGACCGUCAGGCUAAGGAGAAGAAGGAGAGAGAGGACCGAGAGAGAGAGUACCAGAGACGUCUCCAAGAAGAUUUGAUCAAGUCGGGCUUGGACGAAAGGGCGAUUGCAGCGAUUCUGAAGAAGGAGAAGAUCCCAGAACCGCCAAAGCCUAAGCCCGCCCCAGUCGAUCAUGCCCUUGUGGCUGCUCAACGUCCGACAUACACACGCAUGGCCCGAAAGCAUUUGUCCAUCGAGACACUGAGGACAUAUCGGGUGGAGUGGGAGUUGGAUACUGACCCUGACUACGUACUCAUAAAGCGCUGGGUACCCGAGUGGGAGCAAGAUACCCUUUGGAGGCACACUAGAGCGCUCCGUGAGAAGCGAUCAUCCAAGCUAGUGCUGGAGAUUGAAGACAAGAAGUCUCAUCGGCAUGAGCCGGAAUUUGAGUGGGUCAGAAAGAAGAAUGACCGUAAGAGGAGCAAGUCCCCAGCGCUGCUCAUGUACCUCGCAGGAGCUAAGCCGGCAUGA